CAAAAUGGGCGGGUCGGAUCGCUUUUGCCUGGAUCCGCCACUGUAGAGAAUGUAUGAAGUGGAGCUAGAGGACAGAGGAGGAAUAGGCUCCUUCAGCAACUGCACCAACCUGAGACCACAGGAUGUUCGUCUGGUGGCAUUGACAAGGGGCGCGACUGGGGCGGCCUGUUUCGCAGUCUCUGUACUGGCGCUGGUGGUAGUGCUGCGGGUGAAAGGACUGGCUGGUUUGAAAGGAAGCACUCAGACUCGCCUCAUGAGCUACCUUCUCCUCUCCACUUCUGCCUAUCUCCUGGUACUCAGUGCUCACAUGGAGCACUACUGGAACUACCGAGGGGCUGGGGGGAAAGAUUUCGUCCCACGACACAUGUGGCAGGUGCAUUUGUGUGAGGCUGUUGGUGUGGCGGACCAGUACACAGGGAGUGUUCAGCUCUUCUUUGUAGUCGGAGUAUCAGUGCACUUUAUCUAUCACUCUCUCGACAUCUUCUUCUCGGUCUCACCAAAAGGACCGUCCAAGAGGCAAAAGGUGGCACUUGAGACACUACUGGUGGUGGUGUCGGUGGUAGGACCGGCUUUGUAUGGGUGGGUGCCAUUCGUAGCAGUACCAUAUGGAGAGACAGGUCCAUGGUGCUGGAUCAGGACACUGGACAGAGACUGUCAGAUUAUCAAGGGUAGCUUCUGGGAGCAGAUGGGAAUAUGGUACAUACCGUUUGGCAUAACAGCUUUCUUUUCGCUCUUUGCCACCAUUCUCUUCCUGCUGAGUGUUAAACACAGUUUCCAAAGGAUCAGACGACACCGAGGACAGAAGAAGGAAGAGGCAGUCAUACUGAUAAUUUUCCUGAGUACCUACUCCCUCUUAUUCCUGAUCGAGUUUGUAACCCACAUCAUUUCAACAACGCGGAAGAGGGACUAUUUUGGGGUGUGGAUGUUGUAUGCAGUGUCCACUCCACUUGGUGUGGUAUCACUGCCAAUUGGACUGCUGGUCUAUGCUUUCACUGGGACACUCAGGGAUGCUGCCAAAGAGUACAUCGGGUGCCAGUGCAUACGGCGAACACAAGUGUUUGUUAACCUUUUCAGGAACACAUCAAGUUUCACUCACGUUCACCACCACGACUCUGAGUGACAAGUAGCUACCAGUAUGACUAUGGUCUCGGACUAAUAGGACCCUUUGCUUAGAGUGUAGUCUUUGGUUAGUAACUCCUGUAGUGUGAGGGUAUAUAUUAUAUGUAAUUAUAGAUGAUCUGGAUGUAACUUUCGUUUCAGGGGUUUAUUUGAGGGGUGUAGAGUCCCCUCCAGCUCAUGAACGUACAUGCACUAAUGAGCAAAUGUGCAUAAAUUUUUUUGCCUAGGAACAACUGCCACUGACACCAUCUCACAAGCUCUCACAAAUACUCUGUCUCGGCUUCUGUUGAAAAACUACAAUGCGUGUACUGGUCUUGGUUCACGAGCAUAUCCUUGUGUUCUGCAGGAGUUCGAGUUGCGUACAUAAGG